AACAAUGGAGCUCAGGAGCUCCAGCAAGUUGUGCUCUGCAGGGAGCCCAGGUCAGGUUCAGAGAGGAGCUGCCAGGGAUCCUGCAACACCCGCCCCACCACUGCUCUCCUCCAGCCCCCAGUUCUAGCACCUUGGUCCAAGAGAGACUUCCUUUGAGAAACCCAGUGGCCCUCCCUUUUCUGCCACCUCUAAAGCUCUGCUCAAAGCAUCUUUGUUUGAGGCUGGUCCUGUAAAGCCACAGCCCCGCCUUGGUCCUGUUAAUUACUCCCUGGCUAAGCCUUGCUCUCUCCUGGACCUUUAAGACCCUAAGCCCCUCCCCCAACUCCAGUCAGCAGGGAGGGCACCAGGCUGUGAGGGUGAGAGCAGGCCAGGGGCUGUGGGGGCAGGCAGGGGCAGCAGACCAGCGUCCAUGUCCUGGGCAGUGCCACCCUUACCUAGCCCAGCUCUGAAGACAAAAUGAGGGUGGCUUCCUGUCUCCAGGUCCUGCUCCUUUUGGUGCCGGGAUCUGCUGGGACUCCGGGAAGGAAGUCUGCAGCCUGCGGGCAGCCCCGCGUGUCCAGUCGGAUCGUGGGGGGCCGGGAUGCCCAGGAUGGAGAGUGGCCGUGGCAGGCGAGCAUCCAGCAUCGUGGGGCACAUGUGUGCGGGGGGUCGCUCAUCGCGCCCCAGUGGGUGCUGACAGCGGCGCACUGCUUCCUCAGGAGGGCACUGCCAGCUGAGUACCGCGUGCGCCUAGGAGCGCUGCGUCUGGGGCCCACCUCGCCCCGCACGCUCUCAGUACCUGUUCGACGGGUGCUGCUGCCCCCGGACUACUCUGAGGAUGGGGCCCGCGGCGACCUGGCACUGCUGCAGCUGUGUCGUCCAGUGCCCCUGAGCACCCGCGUCCAGCCCGUCUGCCUGCCCAUUCCCAGCGCCCGCCUGCUGCCUGGCACAAUGUGCUGGGUCACAGGCUGGGGCAGCCUCCACCCAGGAGUGCCCCUCCCAGAGUGGCGACCGCUGCAGAAAGUAAGGGUGCCACUGCUGGACUCUCGCACCUGCGACCGCCUCUACCACGUGGGCGCUGACAUGUCCCGGGCCGAGCGCAUUGUGCUGCCUGGGAGCCUGUGUGCCGGCUACCCCCAGGGCCACAAGGACGCCUGCCAGGGUGAUUCUGGAGGACCUCUGACCUGCCUGCAGGCUGGGAGCUGGGUCCUGGUAGGCGUGGUGAGCUGGGGCAAGGGUUGUGCCCUGCCCAACCGUCCAGGUGUCUACACCAACGUGGCCACAUACAGCCCCUGGAUUCGGGCUCAUGUAAGCAUCUAAUGCUGGCCCGUGAGGCUGACCUGGAGCCAGCUGCUGGGGUCCCUCAGCCUCCUCGUUCAUCGGAGACCCUCCCAUACCCCAGAUCCCUUCUGCCUUGAGGCCAAGAUGCCUAAUAAAGCUAAAGGCCACCCCACUCCCCUGCCCACCACCUCCUGCUUCCUCUCCUUUUUGGGGCUCAUCAGAUCUGACUCCACCAACCCUCAUCCAGGGAUCUGCCAUGCGUCCCAGGGGUCACACUUCUUGCUCCCUUCCUGGCUUGUAUUUAGUUUUCUCAGCCCUAGCCAGGGCUGGGAGCAAGGCACGCAGCAGUGGGCAAACCAGUUGCUACCCAUCUGGCCGGUGUGCCCAUCUUUUUCUGGAGAAAGUCAGAUUGACAGCAUGACAGAGAUUUGACACCAGGGAGAUGCUCCACAGCUGGCUUUGAAGACAGGGGACCACAUCCUGUGAGCAGCCUCUAGGAGCUGAGAGCAGCCCCUGCCAAUAGCCGGCAGGGAAUUGGAGCCCUCAGCCGCAAGGCACUGGAUUCUGGCAGCACCCCAAAGGAGUUGGGAAGUGAGUUCUUCCCCAGCCUCCAGAUAAGAGCCCCGCCGGCCAAUCCCUUCAUUUCAACCUAAUGAGACCCUUGGCAGAUAACCUAGCUGAGCCACCCGGACUCCUGACCUACAAAAUAAAGACGUGUUUUAAGCUGC